CAAGUGCACAUCCAGCCUUGGCCUGUUUUCCGCCCGCCUUCUGUGGUUGAAAAAGGACACGAACUCGGCUUCUUUGGGUAUCUGCGGGAGCAGAGGCUUUGCACUGGGGGUGAGAGCACUGGGGACACGGCUCCGGGAGGCCUGGGGCCCUGCCAGAUCCGAAGGGGACAUAAAUUGUUAAGUCAUCGACUUCUGAGUUUCACAGCAGUGAAAAUGCAAGGUUAAGCCUGUGUCACCAUAUCGCAGAUGCGUUUGUUCAGCUGAACCUUUUCAUUUCUUCACAUUCUUCAAGGAGCUGCAGAAAAUGAACAUAGUGCAGUGUUUGGCACCAACAUUCCAGAAGCUGCUCGUUUAGUUAGCCUGGGCGGUUGUGCAAGAAAGUAAUGAUCAGAUUGGUUGCUGCUGCUACACCCUGAGAUUAUGUCCCUGUCCUUAUAUUCAUUGCUGUUACUUCAGCAUAAAUAAUCACUUAUCCUGGUCUCUAUGAUUCCAAAUCCUUGGGAUCCAUGUCAUUCGAAGAUGUGAUUGUCAGAUUUACCCAGGAUGAAUGGCAGUACAUGAGCCCUGCUCAAAGGACCCUGUACCGAGAUGUGAUGCUAGAGAACUACAGCCACCUCAUUUCAGUGGGGUAUUGCACCGCCAAACCUGAGAUGAUCUUCAAGUUGGAGCAAGGAGAAGAGCCCUGGUCCUUAGAGGAAGAAUUCCUAAACCGGAGAUACCCAGGAUAUUUCAGUGUUGAUAUUCUCAUUGAAGGGAACCCGGAAAAACAAGUGAAACCUCUGUGGCAAGUAAUAUUCACUGAUAACAAAACACUGAGUAAAGAAGGGCAGAAAGUUUUAGAAAAACCAUUUACUCUGGAUAUAAUUCCAAAUUCUUUUGGAAAAAUGCCCUGUAAAUGUGACUCAUGUAGAAUGAAUUUGCCAGUUGUUUCUGAAUUAAUUAUUUGUGAUAGAAACUAUUCAAGAAAGAAGGCUGAUUACAUGAAUGUAUGCAAAAAAUUGCAGCUUGAUAUUAAACAUGAGAAAACUCAUACUGGAGAGAAAUCUUAUGGUUAUAAUAAAAACAUGAAACCUCUCAAUAAUAGGAAAGAUCAUCAGAAAUUUCAAAGCCUGGAGCAGUCUUUUGAAUGUAAUGAAUUUAGGAAAGUUUUACAUGAUAAGACUCACUGUGUUAUAGGAGAGGAAUCUUAUAAGGAUGAUGAAUUUAGGAAAAACUGUGAUAAAGCAACUUUAUUUAACUGUGUGAGAACUGGCACAAGAGAGAAAUGCUUUUAUAUUAAUGAAUGUGGGAAAUCCUGUGACAAAACCACCACUGUGAAAUAUGAUAAAGUUCACCUGGCUAUAACAAACUCUGAAUAUAAUGAAAAUGGGAAUAACUUCAGCAGGCUCUUACCUCUCACUCAUUCUCAGAGAACUUUUAAAGAACAGGGUGCUUUUGCAAGCAAUAAAUGUGAAGAAAAGUUGAGCCAGAGCUCAACCCAUUUAGUACAAAAAACACAAAUUAGAGAUGAAUUUUGUGCAUAUAAUGGAUGUAUAAAUGCCUUCUAUCAGAAAUUAGACCUUAUAGUAUGUCAGAGAACUCACACAGAAGAGGAACUCUACCAGUGUGAUAAAUAUGAGAGGUCCUUCCAUCAAAACUCAGCCCUCGGUGUACAUCAGCAAAGUGAAACUGGAGAGAAGUCAUUUGAAUGUAAUGAAUGCAGGAAAUCCUUUUACCAGAAAGCACAACUCAUUCAUCAUCUGAGGACCCGCUCAGAGGAGGAACCUGAGAAAUGUGAGGAAUGUGGGGAAUCUUUUUAUUCAAGUUCACACCCUACUCAUUAUCCUGGAACUGAUAUGAGGGUCAGUCUCUGUGAAUGUAAUAAAUGUGGGAAAACUUUCUGUCAAAAGUCAAACAUCCAUGAAAAUCUGACAAUUCACACAAAGGAUUAUGAUAACAGUGGAUGUGGGAAAUCUUACAAGAAGUCUGCUCCCAUAGUACACCAGAGAACACACACAGGAAUGAAACUCUGUCAAAGUAACAUAUAUGGGAAAACAUUCUCCAAGAUGGGACAUCUCAAAGAACAUCAGAGAAUUCACACAGAGGAGAAAUCCUACAAAUGUAUUGAAUGUGGGAAAACUUUCUCUAAGACAUCACAUCUCAGAGCACAUCAGAGAAUUCACACAGGCGAAAAACCUUACAAAUGUAUUGAAUGUGGGAAAACUUUCUCUCACAAGACACACCUUAGUGCACAUCAGAGAGUCCAUACUGGGGAGAAACCCUAUGAAUGUAACAGAUGUAGGAAAACUUUUGCUGAUAAUUCAACCCUCAGAGCACAUCAGAGAAUUCACACAGGGGAGAAACCCUAUGAAUGUAAUGAAUGUGGAAGGUCCUUUGCCCAUAUAUCUGUUCUCAGAGCACAUCAGAGAAUUCAUACAGGUGAGAAACCCUAUGAAUGUAAUGACUGUGGGAGAUCUUUUGCCCAUAAUUCAGCCCUUAGAGCACAUCAGAGAAUUCACACAGGGGAGAAACCCUAUGAGUGUAGUGACUGUGAAAAAACUUUUGCCCAUAAUUCAGCUCUCAGAGUACAUCAGAGAAUUCAUACAGGGGAGAAACCAUAUGCAUGUAAUGAAUGUAUGAAAACAUUUGCCCAUAAUUCAGCUCUCAGAGCACAUCAGAGAAUUCAUACAGGGGAGAAACUCUAUGAAUGUAAUGAAUGUAGGAAAACUUUUUCACAGAAGACACAUCUCAGUACACAUCAGAGAAUUCACACAGGGGAGAAACCUUAUGAAUGUAGCGAGUGUGGGAAAACCUUCUCUCAGAAAUCAUACCUCAGUGGACAUGAGAGAAUUCACAAAGGGGAAAAACCUUAUAAAUGUAAUGAAUGUGGGAAAACUUUUGUCUAUAAGGCAGCCCUCAUAGUCCAUCAAAGAAUUCACACAGGAGAGAAACCCUAUGAGUGUAAUGAAUGUGGGAAAACUUUCUCCCAAAGAACACACCUCUGUGCACAUCAGAGAAUCCACACAGGGGAGAAACCUUAUGAAUGCAAAGAAUGUGGGAAAACUUUUGCUGAUAAUUCAGCCCUCAGGGCACAUCAGAGAAUUCAUACAGGGGAGAAACCCUAUGAGUGUAAUGAAUGUGGGAAAACUUUCUCCAAGACAUCACACCUCCGGGCACAUCUGAGGACUCAAACAGGGGAGAAACCCUAUGAAUGUAAUGAAUGUGGGAAAACUUUCUCCCAGAAGUCAUAUGUUAUUGCACAUCAGAGAAUUCACACAGGGGAGAAACCCUAUGAAUGUAAUAUAUGCGGGAAACCUUUUGCCCAUAAUUCAACCCUCAGAGUACAUCAGAGAACUCACACAGGUGUAAAAUCCUAUGAAUGUAAUGAAUGUGGGAAGACUUUCUCCCAGAAGUCACACCUUAGUGCACACCAGAGAAUUCACACAGGGGAGAAACCUUAUGAGUGUAAUGAAUGUGGGAAAGCUUUUGCACAAAAUUCAACUCUCAGAGUACACCAGAGAAUUCACACAGGAGAGAAACCCUAUGAAUGUAAUGAAUGCAGGAAAACUUUUAUCCGUAAGGCAGCGCUUAGAGUACAUCACACCAGAAUGCACACCAGAGAGAAAACCCUUGCAUGUGGUGAAUUGGGGAAGUCCUGAAGGGACUCAUACCUUAAUUGAUAAUACACAGUAAAAAAGCUCAUGUCACAGACUGGCAGAUUGUUUCCCUUAAACAUUUCCUUGUCCACUAGGCACAUGGUUUGUCUAAUUUCCCAGUCUUUCAUUUGAGUGAUACUGGUCAUGGAAUAUGACACUAUAACAUUUAAGCUAAGUCUAGCUUUCAAAAAUCACCGUGCAUUCUUUCUGUCCUAUGUUAUGUUGGAAUAGAGAUAUUGCCAGGGCAGACUUGGCAUGUGUAUUAAACAUGGAAGAACACAAGGUGAAGGAAGCCAAAAUCUGAAUAACUGUGUGAAACAGAUCUUCACAAGUUGGCUUAAAAAAACUACUCUGUUGAGCUCUUAAAGAUUCUGUUCUGUUUGUUAAAUGCACAUAGUUAGGUAAUUCUGUUGCAAUGGGACAAAACCCUAUGAAUAUCAUGUCAGAAGACCUAUAAAAUUCAGCCUGUCAUUGUACAUCAAGAGACUUCACAUGAGGAAGAAAACUGUCAACAUCUUGACUUGAUCAGAAGCUUUCAUUAAAAAUUAGAGCAAUCUCAGGGAAAAACACAAAAGCCUUUACUACAUAUUUAAUAGCCGAUAAGAUUUGACCAAAAUCUUAUAUUUUGAUAAAUGAUAUUUUUUAACAACUAUGGAAAGUUUGCUCCAGGUAAUUUUUUUUUUUCCUGAGGAAAUGUAUGUUUCAGAAUUGAAGAUAAAAUCUUCACCUAGAACUGAUGUACCUAAAUUUGUGCUUUAUAUGUAACAUCAAAUUUUAUAGAAAAUAUAUAAUAAAAUAUUCUAUACACAAACUCACCAUAGAAUGUGAAGUUUUAAAGAUGGAAGGAUUAUUUGAAUUCUGUGGACAAUACCAAUAAAUGUUCGUGGCUAGUCUCUGAGCUAUGUGGUACAUCUAUAUCAGUUUAUGUAACAGAAUUCAUUACUGCUGAGGAGUUCUAGUAGAAGGCAGCAGGCAAACCUGGUCUGGAACCUGUCCACUUUCCUUUUUUCAGUUACAGUUUAUGUUCUGUUGGCUUCCCUCAGCUUGAUGCUGUUGAUGCUAUGAAAUUUUGGCCUGCCUGCUGUGUCUGCCUGGUAGUGUGGUCCUGUUUUUCUAGGAUACUGGAGAUCCAUAAGAUUUCCUAAGUUUCCUUGUGUGUGUGUAUGUAUCUGUGUAUGGGUAGGUGGGCUGGAUGAUUCUUACAUGUUUUUUGGCCUUCAUUAUAUCCCACUAGUGGUUUAUUUUGUACUGUGUAAUUAUAAAGGACAUCAUAGCCUCACUCCUCUAGUAUGCAUAUAGCCUACGCAUCUUGUGUAGGAUCUUUUUCCAUCCUCAUAAUGUGUGUUCACAUUAUGCAGCAUUGCAAACCAUUGUUAUUUUUAUCCUGCUUGGACAGCAGGUUUUGGAAUUGGAAUGAAA